AUGUCUUUACUUGAACAUCUACUUUUCACUUUCGCCAUUCUGGCCCCAGCCAUCAAGGCAGACGCCCCGUUGGCCACAAUAUAUCAUGAUUUCGACCUCAAAGGGUUCGGUCAGCUCAUUAAUUCCGAGAAUUGCAUUCCUGUGGAAGCUCCUCUAAAGUUCCAUAUACGUUCCAUCAAAAUGUCACCCAACGUCGUUUGUGGAUUUUACGACGACCUAAAGUGCGACUCCGGCCUUUACGACAUUGACGGAACCGAUAUAUACAUUCUACCUUCACCUAUGGCGCAAGCCAUUCGAUGUAGACUGCAGUAG